AAAUAUUUUGGAGCUCUGUGCAUGGGCCAAAAUCCUGGAUGCAGUAUGCAAGAUGGAUUUGUCAGUCAUCCAAAAUAAAUGCACCCCCAGCUCUAUUGUUGUUGUACACUGUGUGUCUUAUCUUAAUAAUCUGUCAAAAUCCUCUAAACUAAGAGAGGAGUGAUGACGUUUGGGCGUGGAUGUGUGUUUUCCUUUUUCUUUUUGGAAGAUUCUUGUGAUGACAGAAAAAAAAUCUACCACUUUAUGGGACAAAAUAAGUGUGAGUGACAGUUUCAAUCCGCCCUUGUCCAGAGAACUUCAAUCACUCAAUUUCUCUGGGCAGUAUGCUUCCAAUCCCGACAAACAGCUGGCCUGGCAUUUAGAACACAUGGGGAUUAGAGGGUUGAUUUAGUUAGAGGCUCAAUCCAAAGUGAGACCACAGAACCACUUAUGCUGCCACAUUCACCACUCUGGCUUUUUAAAGGAAAUUCUACUUCAUUUUGCAUUGCUUUCAAUAAUAAUCAGCCAAAUGAGACAUUUGUGAAAUACCUGUCAGGACUUUGAAACAUUCCAAAAAAUUAAUCGAUGGGUGUUUAAUCUAUGAUGUUUUGAUAAAGAUUUUGAAAGUAAAAAAAAAAAAAUUAAAUUAACAAGCAAAUCUUCAUUAUAUGAAGACAUUUAUACAUUUAAAUGGAAUGAUCUGGUAUGUUGUUUUUCUGUAAUGCUUUUAACUACUGCGGGAUUAAAAUAAUCUCUUGGCUCUGGAUAUUUUACAUGCUGCCCUGUCCCUCGUGCCAUCAUAAGCUCUGUUGAUCAUCAUAUGCUUUCACUCAGCCACUGGAAUACAAGGUAUGCAGUUGCUUUUACCAAGAUGGGUGUGUGCAGAAAGUGCAGGUGUGUUUUCAGUGACGUUUAAUCCCAAACACAAAAGAGAAAGCCGAAGAUUUCCAGCUGGCAAUCGACUCUCAUUGGACCGUUUGGGAGGCUGAUUUGCAUAUGGUGGGAGUGUCCUAACCCCGCACUGGGAUGAAUGACUUGUUGAAGUCAGACAGAAACAAGGCAGAGCACUCAGCAGAGGUCUGCGCUGUUCAAAACUCAAAAUGCUAGGAUUACUUGUGCUGCAGCUGCUCCUGCUAUAGGUGGAAGGCACUGGAAUAGGACUAAAACAUGUUCAACAGCAAAGGCUCUGCUUAUAGCAAAAGAGGGAGAACAUGGGGAUUCUGCAUCUUUCUGCUGUUUACCUCCCCCCUCAGCUGUUCCGCAAAUUUCAGUCAAGCAAAGGAGCUCAUCUAUAAAAUAAAAGAGGGAUUACCCAAGGGGAGCUUCAUAGGGGCUAUUGGACGAGAUUUAAAUCUGAAUUUCACUGUUGAGCCCCCCUUUUCAUUCAAUCUCCCGCAGAAGAAGGUCAGUGAUCAGUAUGUGAAACUAAAUAAUUCCACCGGGGAACUUUACACAUCUGCUACAGAGAUCGACAGGGAAACCCUCUGUCCUGACAACUCUGUGAGGCGGGGUUGUGACCUCUCCCUGGACGUGAUAGUCCUGCCUCAGCAGUAUUUCCAGCUCAUCAAAGUUAAGAUCUUGAUUGAGGACGUGAAUGACAACAGGCCAAAGUUCCCCACGGAUGAGAUCUCCAUGUUCAUCCCAGAAAACUCUCCAAUCAAUGCUCGUUACACAGUGGAGCAGUCUGCGGUCGACCCGGACCUGGGCACUUAUGGAGUACAGACCUACUGGCUGGUGAAUGACUUCGGCUUAUUCACGCUGGAUGUUGAGGAGAACGAGGGAGGAGAACUGACGCCGUUUCUCAUCGUGACUGAGGAUUUGGACAGAGAGGUGCAGGACGAGUACAUCACGGAUAUCAUCGCAGAGGAUGGAGGAACUCCUCCCUUACUCGGUGCAGCUACUUUAAAGAUCAUUAUCACAGAUGUGAAUGAUAACUGCCCUCAUUUCACUGAGUCACAAAUUAAUGUCACCCUCCAUGGAAAUUCUACCAAAGGGGCACAUUUGGCACGCCUGCAUGCUUUUGACCCCGACCUGGGUUCUAAUGCCCUGAUCAGCUACACUUAUAGCGAGCGCGUGCCAAGGACCACCAGGUCAUUGUUUCAAUUAGACAAAACCACAGGGCUAAUCAAGCUUGCUGGAAAAAUAGACUCUGGCACGCAUACUUUUUAUAAACUCACCGUUCUGGCAAAUGGACCUGGGUGUAUCCCUGCGGUUGCAACCGUUACUGUCCAUGUCAUCAAAGUCAUUACUGGACCCCCUGCUGUAAUAUCUCGUUACAUUGCACAAGAAAAAGAUGGAGUUGUGACACUGAAGGAGUCCGAGCCAGCGUUUUCCCCCAUCGCUUUCUUUACAGUAAAAAACAUGGAUCUAAACCAAAAGGUGAACUGCUAUUUGGAGGGAUUUGGACCCUUCAGGAUUGUUCCUUAUCAGCUGCUAAAGAAUGAGUAUCUGCUGGAAACUACAGAGCCUCUGGACUAUGAGAAAACACAGGAUUAUGAGCUGAUUGUGGUUGCUAACAACACACAUGGCGUUGUCAUAAAGACCUUUCUUAAGGUGCAGAUUUUGGAUGAGAAUGACAAUGCACCAGUGUUUCAGCAGGCCUUGGUGGAAAUAUCGAUUGAGGAAAACAAUCUCCCUAACAGUUUUUUAACCCAGCUCCAAGCCACAGACCAGGACAGUGGAAGUAGAGGGCAAGUUAUGUACCUUCUUGGUGGUGAUGCUCCAGGGGUUUUUGUCGUGGAUCAAGUUACAGGUGUCCUAACAGUGGCCACGUCGCUUGAUCGGGAAGAAAAGGAGAAGUAUCGAUUUAUAGUAAGAGCGAUAGAUCACGGGACGCCUCGAAGGGAGUCAAUUGCUACGGUUGUGGUGACUGUGUUGGACCGCAAUGACAACAGUCCACGUUUCAUCAACAAGGACUUCACAUUCUUUGUUCCUGAGAACUUUCCAGGAUACGGUGAGAUUGGUGUUCUUUCUGUAACUGAUGCUGAUGCUGCAGAAAACGGCUGGGUAGCUUUGUCCAUACUCAAUGGCAGUGAUAUCUUCUUGAUCGACACGGGCAGAGGGGCUUUGAGAGCAAAGACGUCCCUGGACCGGGAGCAGCAAGGGACAUACCAGUUGUGGAUUGAGGCCGUGGAUGGAGGAAAGCCUGCACUCUCCUCUGUCACUAUGGUGACUGUUCUGUUGUUAGAUGUGAAUGACAAUCCACCAGUUGUCCUCUUCCCUCAGUCCAAUCAGUCUUACCUGCUAGUUCUGCCCAACACAGAACCAGGCACAUCAAUCACAGAGGUUUACGCUGUGGAUAAGGACACCGGCAUGAACGCUGUGAUUGCCUACAGCAUCAUUAAAAGGAAAGGUGGUGAGCCGGGGUCGUUUGCUAUUGACCCAGAAACUGGAAAUAUAACUUUACAGAGGGAGCUCAGCAUCAGAGGCCUUUACAGCCUUCUGGUAAAGGUCAGCGAUCACGGCCAGCCUGAACCUCUCUAUUCUACAGUCAUGGUCAACUUCUUUGUCAAUGAAACUGUGUGCAAUGAGAGUUAUGUCCAAAGUUUGCUGACCAGAGAGGCUGACAUAGAAGUGGAGGAAAAGCCUUGGUAUAUUGGCCAGAUGACAGACGGACCCGAGAGGUAUGAGAUGUUCCCGUGCCGACCUGUCCUCAUCGCCCUCUCGGUGACUUGUUUGGGCCUGUUUUCUUUGGUUGUCACUCUACUGACUUAUAUAUGCUACAAGAAGUUUAAAAAGAUUCGAAAAAAAGAAUGUGAAGUGGAAAUACCUUUGAAAACUAAAAAUGACUCCGCAAAAGCUGUCAACAGAAAACUCAGGCAGGUCUCAAACAUCUGAUAUUCAGUUGUUCGUUUAUCCAAAAAAAUAAAAA